GAUUUUGAUGGAACUGAUGGAUGGUCAACCUAACUGACUUCUUUUACAUUCUGGCUCUGUUUACAGACAUACCCCUGAAGCUGCACUUCGAAAUGCUGCUACGGACUGGAGAGCUUCAAAAGCUUGCCCUGAGAGCGUCUGCAACAUUAAGGAAAAAGUCGCGCUUGGCGCAAGUGACGGGGCUCACCGUGGACCAGGCGCGCAAAAAAAGUAGGAAGCUUGCCCAUAAUGCGGCGCAAACUCUUCUCUCAUCUGCAAAGAUGAGGCGGCAUCAUGGUGACAAAAAGCGACCAUAUCGUCGACACUUGGAUGGCGAGGUGACUACAAACGAGUCUUGUUAUGAUGGCUCCUUCAGGCGAGCGGAUGGCUCUUUCAGUUUUUCGUCAAAGCAGCGAGAACGACAGCGAACCUUCUCCACUGCUUCAAGUGGCAGUUCCAAGGCUGCCUCUCCUGUGCCUUCACCUGCACCAUCACAGGGCGAUUCAUCCAAUUCCCAGCUACUGCCUGGUGGAGGUGCAGCACAAAGCCGAUCUAUUCUUCAGGAGGUCUUGCGGAAACGCAGAGGCGAAAAUGCCUUUGACAUCAACAACAUUGUGAUUCCCUACAGCAUUGCCUCAGCCACGCGAGUUGAAAGGCUGCCCUACAAGGAGAUCCUCACACCAAAGUGGCGUGCAUUAACAGAAGAGGAGCUCAGUGGAGCGCUCCAAGACUGUGGCGACUUGAAGGAUGAAGUGGAGGACAUGACUGACGAGGCAUUUGAGGCUCGGCACCAGGUGUGUGAGGAGGAAGAGAAGCAGCGCUUUGCCGGCCUCCUGUCCAAGGCAGUGCUCAGUGGCGCUGGCAGCCAGGCACAGGUGCAACCAGCAUCGGCGGGCCCCCAAGCUCCACCCCAUCAUGGGAAUAAUGGGACACCCUGCCACCGGCAGCCAUACGACUCCAUGGAGUGCUCCAUGUCGCCACCACCUGCUGGCUUGCCCUGCUGGGCCCCGUGCGAGGUGGACCCCUACGAGCCACGUACUUUUCCGUUGGCCCACGAGGAGUAUGAAGGAAUGGUGGCAGACUCGCCACAUUUGCUGCCUUCACCAGCUGCAUCCCCGCCGCCUGCCCACAGGGAUGGUUCUCCACCACCUCUAGAGGAUGUACCUCUCGAGCCACCGGAGCCUCAGCCAAAACCAGAGCCAGAAGUUGAGCCAGACCCGGGUGGCUUGACCUUUGACCCCGAUGCUUAUUUGGUACCCAAGGAAGUGGCGCCUCCUGAACCUCCAAUUUCACCAGCUGAGUGUUCGAGUGUUGCGUCUGUGCCGAAUGACGAUCCAGAGUGGACAUCUGAGACAACAGAGAAUUUAGUUCUCAAGCUGACCAAGAGAUAAUAGACCAAAGCGGCUUUUCUCAUUUUCUGAGGGCAUGGAAGGGGGGCUGUGUGUGGCGCAAGCGCUUUCCCCCUCUCGCUGCAGUGUGAUGGGAUGUCAGCAAAGUGCAAACGAUUGCUGGACAUGUGUGUGUACGUGUGCAUGGGGGACUCUACAAUGUAUGGGGUCUGUGUGUGUGCGCGCGCGUGCCGAGAUGAAAAGUGCAGUCCACACUUGUGGCUGUCAGAUGAAGCCGAGUGAAAUCGGUGACCUGCCACAGAAACUUUUUUUGCCUUGUUCAUUCUUUUCUCUCUCUCUCUUUGUUUUUGUUGUAACUUUUCCUGUAGAGUGUGCGCGCGUGUGUAUAUUCCUGUACAUAUAUAAUAUAUAUAUAUAUACACACAGUCAUGAUGCUGUACCAUAGACUUGAUUGCCUGAUUAGACACAAGACUUCUGCUUGCCUUUGGUCCAAUUUCCAGCCUCAGUUAGGAAAAACAAAAGGUGAAUGCAUGUUUGUGACAGAAUCUGAUGAGCUGUACAAAGCUGGUCUCAUGCACCAAGCAUUGCCUAGGAGUGUGUGGUCAUUUGUAAAUCGGUAAAUUAAUAGUAGUUAGACAGAAGUCAUCAUUCGGGCUUACCUUGUAAGUAAUGUAAUAUUUCACAAUGUUGGCGUAGCGUUAACUUCUUUCCUCCUUUAUUCUGUAUCAAUAGUUUGUAAAAAUGUGGCAUUUAAGACAAACGCCUGUGUUACCAUUUCAACUAAAUCUUUUUCAAGACAUUUGUACAUAUGCUUGAAAGUCACAUAAUAUUCAGAGGUCCAAGGUAAAGGGCACUCAGUGAUUCAUGUUAUGCAGUGACCUUUUUUUCAUCUAAACUAUUCUGCAAUAUUAGGUGCAAGUUUUGCAAAGAGAAUGGCAGGGAAGUUUGCAUCAUUUGUGGCAUUGUAAUCCACUAUUCUUUUUGAGGUGGGUACAUUCAGAAAUCGUGGGUAUUGUAUCCGACUCAGUGGCUCUGCAGUAAAUUUCUUUAUUUGUGGGAAAGCCUUUGUAGCCAGAUUUGUUCACUGCUAUGCUAGUCACGUGUGGUGAAAGAUGCUAGCUAUCAUUUCCUUUACACCUUGACACUGCGGCAUGCUUUGUUUAAGGCUAUAUGUCAUGUACUAAAUUAGAAUUUGGCAUUUAAUAUUAAAGCAACAUAAGUGUACCUCGUUAUCUUACCUGAAGAGCUUAUCAAAAUCAGGUGAUCUUCGAUCAGGCUACGACCCACUGAAGACCAUUGGCAUCCUCACGAGCCCAUUUAUGUUCCGUAUUUAUAUGCAAUAAAUGCAGAACUGAUACAGAAUUUCAUACAGAAUUUAAAUUACCUUAUGAGUAAUGUGGUAAAUAUAUGAGUAACUAUCAGAAUGCUUAUGGAACCUUGUCAUUAAGGAAGCUUAAAUGAAAUCAUGGCAGUGUGUUUUCUCAAUCCUUGUCUGAAAAUAUAUCAUUUGGCUUCUCUUGUGCAUUUCUAAUAUGCCCCUCAGGUAGUUAAACAGCAAAAGUUGUGUCAAGGUGAAACACGUGUACAUAGAACGGUAGGCAUCCAAGGAAAGGAGGAGCUAAGUGUUAGGAUUGUGUACAUUACUGUUCCUCAUCGAUUACAGAUUUUUCCCUCAUUAUGACUUUUCCUUCACUCCCUUUUUUAAAAUUUGUUUUCUGUUCUUCCACGUUGGAGAGCGUACAGUUAUUGGCUGAUAUUCAGCAGUGACAUUUAGAGUUUUUCUAAAUUGGUCAAUGAAAAAAAAAAAAGUUGCGCCACAUUUUACAGCGUCGUAGCUAGUUGAACUCUUGCCUGGCCCUUGUAUCCCUUGUCAAAGAUUGCCGUUUGCAAUCCAAUCAUCUUUGAAAAAAAGUCAUGCCUUGUGGUUUUAAAAAAGUCAUGCCUUGUGGUUUUGUGAAGAACAACGCUGUUGGCCCGAUGAUUACAGUUGUAGUUAAGCAAGUCUCGUGUGCUGUUCAUUUGGCAAGUAAAAAACAAAGCAAAUGAA